AUGGGCGCGCGAAGUCAGGGCAGCCGGCAGCAGCCGCGCGGAGUGGCUGUGGUCGCGCGGCGAGGCGUCUGGACUCUGGGCGCGCAGGGGGGAGAUCGAGAGUCGGCGUCACUGCGUCUGCGCGUCAGGCGCAGGCUCGCAGCGGUGCUGGGCGUGGUCGGUCUGGUAGGCUGGGCGAUGGGGCGUCUGGACUCUGGGCGCGCAGGGGGGAGACCGGGAGUCGGCGUCACUGCGUCUGCGCGUCAGGCGCAGGCUCGCAGCGGUGCUGGGCGUGGUCGGUCCGGUAGGCGGGGCGGCGGGGCGUCUGGACUCUGGGCUCGCAGGGGGGAGACCGGGAGUCGGCAUCACCGCGUCAGGCGCAGGCUCGCAGGCCGCAGCGGUGCUGGGCGUGGUCGGUCCGGUAGGGGGGGCGGCGUGGCGGCGGGUGGUUUGAAUGGAGUGGAUGGGUGGGCGGCGGGGGAGGUUAGGGUUAGAUUGAAGAGUGACGAGUCUGAGUCAGACUUCAGUUAG